AUGGACCACAAACCUUGGGAGAAUAUUUCAGAUGAUGAAUUAUUAAGUUUAAAGAAAGAAGCCGACUUCAUUGAACACUGCGUCAAGGAUGGCGUGUCUUCAAUCUUAGACACAAUCGCGGAUGGUAAAAAUGAAACUGCAGAAAUAAUUACGGAAAAAAAAACUAAAUCCUUUGAAAAGUCGGGAUCCGCGGAUACGGAGAACUCGUCUCAAAAUGGACAACAUGGUGAUGUUUCUAGUUCUGUCACAACCGAGAGAGGAACGAGUCAAAGGCCACGAAGAUUACGGAAAAGAGUCAAACGUUAUUCAGAGAUUGAAUUAGAAAUUUCCAAUUGGAACGAAACAGUGACAAACCAAAAGAAAACAAAGCUUGAAACAGAAACAAAAUCGCCUGAAAGAAAGACAUUUGGAGAACAGAUAAAAGAACUAAUGGAUUCUUUUUCUUCGCCUUCAGUAACUGUAUCAGAAGAAGACAACAUUCAUGGGUUAUCAGACGUUCAUAACGCACCAACGAUAAAAAUAAACAAUGAUUUCUGCUUCUCCUGUAAUGGAUCUGGUAAUUUUCUAUGCUGUGAAUCCUGUCCCAACAGCUUUCAUUUCUCCUGUCUUGACCCACCUUUGGAUGAAUUCAAUUUACCAAAUGAAUCGUGGUUUUGUAAAACAUGUAUACUGAAAAAAACCGGAUUAAAAAAUGUAACUUUCGAAUCGAAUGAAGAUUCAGAUAUGAACAUGGUAUUUCGAAAAUUAACACAAAUUACUGCGACUUCUAAUCCGUCUCAAUUUCGACUGCCGGCACAAAUAUAUAACUACUUUGUUGGAAUAGGCUGUUCUAGCUCUGGUGAGUUUAAAUCAUCAGGCCAGUCUAAAAUUACAAAGUUUAGUGAGAAAGGAGUGACUGACGAACGUGAUAUAUUCAUUAUGAAAAACAAAACGGAUGAGCUGGUUUGCUGUCAAAGAUGUAACACGUCUGCAUUGGUCUCAAAAUACAUUUUAUCUUGCGACUAUUGUAACUUAUACUGGCAUCCAGAUUGUCUAAGCCCGCCAUUGGCGAGCCUUCCAGCGGGUACUAAAAAAUGGAAAUGCCCUAUGCAUGCAGAUUCUGUUUCUCCCAGCAUAAAAAUUCCGCGAACUUGCAGUAUCGUUAAAACAUCAAACUCACGAAAUGUGAAAAAUUGUGGUAACAUUGAAGUUGAUCUAAGUUACAUACGACUUAGGACAAGUUCUACUCUAUGUCGGCGAUACAAUUACACUGUUUCCAAGCAUUACCCUCCGACAAAGAUACUGUUUAAUUUACUAAAGCAAAAAUUAGAGGGUGACGCUGUGGCAUCUUACAAUAAAUACAUGCUCAUGCUGGAUGCGAUUCUGAACUCGGGUUCGCCUGUUUCAUUAGAUAGCUUGUAA